GUCUCAGACUGUAAACAAUCGCGAUGGAGGAAGCAAGGGAGUGAAAAAUCCUCUUCUUUCAAUCCCGUUUUCCUCCCACAUUACCCCACUCCAUCAUGCCGGUGACCAGCCCAGUGUCCCCUAGAGUGUUCAAGGCUAUAGAGAAGUCCGACAUCCACACCCUAGCAUGCUGUCGCGAGGAGGAAAUCCGGGCCAUCCUGCCGUGCCUGGUGAGGAUGAGCCUGAUCGCGCCCCUGGACCACUCCGAGGAAUGCAUUGCAGGGAGGAAAGUCAUCCUCAGGAUCCUCUCGGGGAUCGAGGUGGUCAAUUCCCUCGUGGCUCUCCUCUCCAUUGACUUCCCUGCGCUGGAGAUCGACGUGAAGAAGGAGCAGCAGCUGAGACAAAAACUUGGAGGUGGAAGCCAAAAUGAGAGCGUCCUCGUUCAGAACCUGGCCAAUGGACUGGCUCUUGAAUUUGAGUGUUCGGAUCCCACAAGAAGACUGCGUUUACUGCUGUCAGAAUUACUGUUGGUCAUGGCACAGAUUCGUGACCCACAUCAAGAUUUCUACCACAAAUCAUCUGAGCUGUUCGACAACCCAUGUUACCUUGAGGAAGUGAGUGACGUGCUCUGCAUUGCCCUUGCUGAACUGCCCGCCCUGCUCCCCCCAGCAGAAGUCGCUGAAGCUCUUCUCCAUGUCACCAAUGGCCCGACGUUGAUUGCUCGAAUGGUAGCAAAUCAGCCCGAUUGUUUUAGAGAAGUUGUGACUGGUUUGGUGAUGUCUGGUGACAAGCAGGACGAGGACACGCCAGGGGGUUUGCUGCGCCUCCAGGCAGUGCGAACAUUGUGCCAAAUGAAUCCUAGUCAGGCACUUAAUGUUCGGGCUCUUUGUGUAGAGCAGUGUCGGAUGCCGGGCUUGGCUGUGUAUCUAACCCUAGAUGCAGGGAAGGCAGGGUCAGGUGUGGCAGGGAGUUCUGGGUCCGUUGGAAGCAGUGUUUAUGGAGGUGAAGGCGGUGAUGCAGUCAGCUUCAUUACAGGUUUACUCCUUUCGCACAAUCACCAGCAGCGUACUUGGUUUGCGCAUUUUGUUAAGAGUGGACAAAGGAGAAAAUACGAACAACAGGCUUCAGCUCUGGCAGCUCUACGGACAGAUCUGAGCGAGCGCCUGAGAAAUCUCCUCCUCUUCAAUAGCAAUGACACACUGCCAGACUCGCAGGUCAUUCAUGCCACGGCUCUGCUGAGACUGUAUUGUGCUCUCAAAAGUUUAGCAAACCUCAAAUUCAGCGAGGACAAAGAGAUUGGGUUGCUACUCCAGCUGGUCACUUGUCACCCACCACCAUCAGCUGCAGGUGUGAGGUUUGUCAGCACAGGUCUCUGUAUGCUCAUUGCAUGUCCCUCGCUCAUCUCGUCCCAGGAGAACGAGCGGAAAGCUUCUGAGUGGAUCAAGUGGUUGGUAAAGGAGGAGGCAUACUUUGCUGGAGCAAGUGGUGUUUCUUCUUCAUUUGGUGCUAUGUUGUUAUUGAUGGCUAUACACUUCCAUGUACAACAGCUGAGUGCCAUCAUAGAAUUAGUCAGUGCAGCUCUUGGGAUGAAGGUUCUGACGAGAGCUAAUAACCUCUCCCGAAUCAAGUAUAUCUUCACCCAUGAUGUAUUUACAGAGCAGGUUGUAACAGCUCACGCAGUCAAAGUACCAGUGACAUCAGGGUUAAAUGCAAAUAUCCCGGGCUUUCUUCCUGUUCACUGUGUGUAUCAUCAACUCAAGAGUAGAAUGUUUACCAAACACAAGGUCCCCAUCAAAGAUUGGAUAUACAAUCAAAUAUGUGCAUCUGUAACGCCACUGCAUCCAGUAAUGCCACAGUUGAUAGAGGUGUAUGUCAAUUCCAUUAUCUUACCUGCCAGCAAAGGAGGCCUUUCUGAUACCUUUAAUGAGCCAAUUUCAGAGGAAGAAAUUAUGUCUGUUUUUUCACAAUCAAUAUUUACUGAAAAAGCUUCUUCAUUGGUGAAUCAGAGCUCAAAGCCACCAACUUUACAUGCCUCUGCACCCUUCCGAAAUCUCGGCAGAAGAAAAUCACUGCUUCGAGAAAAGUCUCCAUUUAUGUCAGGUGUCUCAGCAGGUCACAUUAUGCCUUCUCCCUCAGUCAGGACACAUCACCGGCCUUCCAAUACCUCUUGCAAUGGUGUAAAUGUGACAUCAGUAAUGACAUCACAGUUGUUGCUGUUGUAUUACUUGUUGCUGUAUGAGGACGUGCGGCUGAACAAUACACUCCAGCUACUGGCAAACAGCCGGCGUAUCCAUUCUUACUCUCCACAUCUGUUUGCUCAGUUACCCAUAAGGUACCUGCUUUCACACGCUCAGAAGGAACAGAGGCUAUAUGCAGGUCUGUUCUCGCCUUUGGUGAAACUGCUUGUGAGCCAUUAUCCUCAGCUGUGCCUGGUGGAGGACUGGCUUUAUCAGAGCCCAUCAGCUAACUCCAGUCUGGGGAUCUUGCCACCUCCAGUGCCUCUCGAUCCUCAGUCUGUGACGAAAGCCAUGGAAGACGCUGCUGACAAACCUGGAAGGCUCCUCAUCGUGUUGGACCGUCUAAUGCGUAUGCCUCCUCACCAAGUGUGGCCUUUGGCUGCCCCCAUCACUGCCUCUAUUAAGUGCCUCUUGCAACCUGGAGUGCCUCGGAAAGUCCUAGACACAUACCGGCAAGUCUGGAUGAGGCUAAACUCACUCUUCCCUCGUCGUCUCUGGGCCAUGUCUGUUGAGGGUCUGCAGCCGGAGCAGCCUCAGAGCAAGCUGAGAAAGGCGCUUACAGAGGAUGACAUCAUUCUGGAUCCUCUGUAUGUGCUUCGAUGUGAUCCGAGGGUUAAUAGGUGUGCCCCUCUCCUGCAGUUGGUUAUAUACAUGCUUCAGGUGUAUCUCCUGUCUUCCCGCACCUUCCUCUCUCAGCAAAUGCAGAACACACCCCUAGUGAACACUCCACACACUCCUGUGGGGGGAAAUACCACCACCCCUCCACAGGCUCUUGAGGAAGAGAGGGAGAAGCUCCGGGGAGCUCUUGUGCUCACUCAGGAAAGUGCUGCAGUACAAAUCCUGCUGGAGGCCUGUCUCAUGAACAGUGAUGAGAAGGUGGGCACCCUUACAGAUGGUGCUGGAGCUCUGACUCUCCAAGAAAUAAGAAGUGUUGCAUGUUCUUUCAUCCAUCAAGCCUUUCUUAAGGAUACUACACUGGCUAAAUUAGUACACUUUCAGGGUUAUCCUGGGGAACUCAUUGGCCCAGUUGUGCGUGGUGUUCCUUCAAUGCACAUUGCCAUCGGCCUCAAUUGGAUCCCGGAACUGCUUCAGCUACCAGACUUGGACAAGCAGAUGUUUGCAGUAGAGCUUACAUCGCACUUGGCCCUCCAGAAUGCCAUGCCUUCAACCCUGAGUAUUUCUAGGCUGGCAAUCAAUACUUUAGCUACUCUUCUGUCAGUUCUGGGAGAAGAAGAAAGACUAUCCAUCAUGGAAGCCUCCUUGCCAUCUUUGGUGCGCAUUGGCCGAGCCUUCCCCUCCCUCAUCGAUGAUCUGCUCCACUUACUGGUGAUGUAUGGACGGGUUGGUGCAGCUCAUUCUGCCCUGUCUACUGCACCGUCACCCCAUUCAAUAGCAUUUCUUGACAAACCAGACUAUGAGGAGGAUGUGGCUUGCGAGACCAUUCCAUGGCUGAGGCCAAGAAAAGUGCCACAAGAAGACAGCCUUUAUGCACGUAUCAUAUCUACCUUCAAGGAGUUGGUCAUUGCUAGUACAAUGACCCACAAUCUGUAUUGAGAAAUAUAAUUGUGCUAACAUAGCAUCAUAUGUACAUUAAGGGGGAGUAUCCAGUGAACAGAUUCUGUAUGACUGGAAAGUCCACUUUGUUGAAUCAGAGAUAUACAGUGGUUUGUAAGUCUGGGGGCUAGUUUUGUUGCAUAAUUUAAUUUGUUCAUGUGUUCUCAUGUUAUUUAUAGAGAAUAUAGAAUAGCUAUUGGCUAUUGAUGCAAAAAUAGAGACUUUGGAAGUCUAAAAACUUCAACCUUUCAGAUCAUUACAACAUUUGGAUCAGAUAGUGCUUUCAAAAAAUCCAAGGGGAAAAAAAUCUGAAUUCAAAAGGAGUUGCUUUAAAUGAAGAAGUAAAAUUUACCAGUAACCUUCAGUAGUUUGCUGAAAAAAAAAA